AUGCUGGACACCUUCGCUGGAGAGUUACUGAAAGGCGUCGCGAAACCUGCCGCGUCGCCUGAAUAUUCUGAUGGUUUGCUCGAUGACACACAUGGUGGUCAUGUGACUCUCAUUGUAGCACUCCAGUGUCUUAUUGCUACAGAGUCGGGUGCCACAGCAGUGGAUCAGCUCUGCUCCAAAGGAUCACCUUUUGCUCAUAAAGUGCGAAUCAGCCUGAAUGCAGCCCUUGGAGACCAGGCAUACGUUUGGGAUGACAGCGAACAAUUCUACUUUCAAGCAACAGUGGCUUACAGUAUGAGAAAAUCAAUGAACAAACCAUUCAAUGUAUCCGAUGUGCACAUAUGUGAGGAAACAAAGAGAAUCUCAUUUUACUUUGUGGUGACAGAACCCUGUAACACGUUACAGCCUCUUCCCAAGACUGAUGUAGGAGAAGCGAUCAGAAUGGUCAGAGCUCGAUUCAAUAAUGCCUUUUCCUUGGAUGAUCACACAUUGGAGUUUCUGGGGAUUGAACCCACCUUGGCUCCAGCCAGUGAGCCAUCCGUUCUGGUCUGGCUGAUUGCAUUUGGUGUCGUCAUGGGCUUGAUUGUGGCUGGUUUAAUUACGAUAAUUGUCCUUGGUCACCGUGACAAAGUGAAGAGGGCAAGAGCCUCGGAAAAGGGAGAUGAAGAAAACGAGGAUAAAAGUCUCAAAGGAAUUGAGAAUGGGAUCUACUGUAAUACCCUGGAUGGGAUUGAGGGUCAGAAAAAUGAAGCUUUCUACCCGGACGAUGAUAAAUUAACCAAACUAUAGAAAUAAAUCCUUCCUUACAGUCUGCUGAAAGGAUCUUUAUCACCCAUUGCUGCAUUGUGUUUUAACAGAGGAAUUAGCCCUGUUAGUAAGAGUUAUUAAUAACAAAUACUACCCACAAAUCAUCUCGAUUUUAGUUUAUCCCUUUCUGAAUGUUUAUGUUAAUUUCUUUUGUGUUAAAUAGACAGACCUGUGGAGUGGUCAAAAAUCACUCGAUUGCAGCAAAUUUGGAGUCUCUGCAUUAGGUCUGAAGAUAUGACCCCUGUACUUACCUUUCUUCGACAUGUGAACAACAUUUACUACAUAAGGGUUACUGCAUGGGAAGACGCUGCUAUGGAUGGUGAGGAACGGGGGUGAGGAUCCCCUUCUCAUUAACACCAUAAGAUCAUAAGAAAGCCCAGAAUUAGAAAAUAUUGUUCAAAUGGGGAAACACUUUCACCUCUGUAUGACUGAUCUCGACUUAUUAACAUAUUAUACGUCAAAUCAUGGUUUC